UUCUUCACUCUCCUCCUGGAAACAUUGGAAUGUGUCAUGUAUUUAACUGCAUGCAGCUACCAAGUUUUUCAUUGGAGCUAAAGGAGAACAUAAUCAGAAGGCCUAGAUUAAAAAUUGGACAAAGCUGCCUUAUCUUCACCAGCAACAAGUUACAAGGAGUCAACCAAGUGCUGAACGAGAUGGCAAAAUCUGCAAGGUUUCAUCUGCUACUGAUUGUAGCUUUGGAAAUGGUUGUGUUUGCAAUGGCUGACUACCAUUUAGGCUACAACAUUAUCAGCUACAGUAGCUCUAACAACACACUGGCCAAUGGCACUUGCUGUGGUGAGACCUGUGAUACAAGUUGUAGAACCACUCUUCGUCUGUGCUUCAGAGACGCUGGACACCCACACAAUGACGUUGAUUCCAGUUGUACGAUAGUGCAAAAUCGUGAGAACGCAAAUCAAGUCUUUUUUGAUGCAUCUUCGCAGAGUUCCAUACCAAAAUACUUCUCGCAAACAUUCCAGAUAUAUGUCAGAGUCUCUCACAGUGUGAAUGAGGACACAGCUACUGCCAACUUUGAUCCUCCAUUCACCGAUCCACUCAUUGAUGAAAUCUUCAUUGAAGCCAAUGUCAGUGCUGUCCUCUUUCCUAGCACUUUCUUUGUAAUUACUGAAAUGUACACUGUUACUGGAAACGUUGGAAUAGCCACACUGACAAUAGGAGUUAAUGCUCGCUGUGCUGAGAACUACUUUGGUGAUGGCUGUGAGAUGCUUUGUGAUGCAGAUGGCAUAACUAACUGCACUGCAGUUCUCACUUCUCCUCAACCCCAAAUAAUGCCAACGGACAAUCCAGAAACACCUAGUCAGACGUCCAGUUCCGACCAACCAUCCACCCCAACCACAGGCCCAUUAGUACCCACUCCUGCCAACACCAUAAUUCCUAUUGCAGUGGGUGUGUCCAUUGCCGUCUUGGUCCUGAUCAUCAUCGGAGUGAUCGUAAUCAUUCUCAUUAUUUACUGUGUUAAAAAAGGCAAGAAGGGAUCUUGGAACCCCAAAAGGAGUACUGAGCCUCAAUUUACUUUGGAGAGGGCUGAAAGGAACCUCACCAGCAACAUCAACAGGUUCAGUGUCAUCAGUGACAAUGGAGAAGAGGUGGAGUAUGCAAUGGUCAACAAAAGUCCAGCUAGGACCUCUCGUGCUAGAUCGCCUCCCACACCACCCCCUCCUUACUCCUCUGAUAAGCCCGAAGUUAGCGAAACCGAAGAGCCAGUAGAAAUAGCACCAGCGAUGGACUUUGUGGUUAGGAAUAAGGAUACGGAAGAACGCUUUGCUGGUUAUGAGACGGUAGACUUUGGUCCUUCAACAACAACAACAGAGGAAAAUGGAGAAACUGAAGACCAGCCAUCUGAUAUACGGUAUGCCUCUCUGAACAUUCACCAAGGCAACGGGUUCGGGGCUGAGAAUGUGCAGGAGAUUGCAUUUGAAGUAGAAGCUGCUGACACUGAGGAGGACCAGGAACCAGUGAGCUAUACCGUGGUCAAGCAUCAGGACAGCUAAUCAAAGAGACAUUUAAGCCGCUCCAAGAAUAAAUUUACAGGAUUUUUCAAUCAUAUAUUUUUACAAUUCAUAUUAAGCGUUGUGUAUACAGAUGUAAUUUUUAGUUGUUCAAUAUUAUAGAUUGUUAUGUUUAUCAAAGUUGUUUUUGCUAUUAAAAUUUGCUAAUGUAAUUUGACUGUUAUGAAACCUG